UUCCAUUUGAUAAACUCGUUUCAUUUAUUUUAUUUAAAUUAACGAGCAAUGCGACUUAAAUAAACGUUAACAAAUUCUAUUAAGAUCAAAACAAAAGUACAUUUAAACAUGAUUGCUGUCUAAUAGAAAAAUAAAAUCUUGCCAAAGUUCCUCGUCCGGCACUAAUCACAACAUAAGAGAGACAACUGUCAAAUAAAGUCAACAUGUUUUGUAUAUUUUUUUGUUAUCGCACUAAGCAGCAACGUGAAUUUUAGUAACAUUUAAACAUUUAUACGUCUGUGUAAAUAAAUAUAAAUAAAUGAAAGUUGAUUAUGUGAAAAGAAUACAAAAUGAGUGUUUAUCACGAUGAAGUUGAAAUUGAAGACAUGGAAUAUGAUGAAGAGGAGGAGAUAUACUAUUAUCCAUGUCCGUGCGGUGAUCGAUUUCAGAUUACCAAGGAAGAACUUAUGGAAGGCGAAGAAGUGGCCACGUGCCCUAGUUGUUCUUUAAUAAUUAAAGUCAUAUAUGAUGCGGCCAUGUUUCUUGCAGAAGAAGACGAAGAAACAUCGCUUAAUGAUAGGAUGAAAGAUAUGCAAUUGGAAAAGCACUGAGGCCGAUGUUCACCACACAUAAAAUGUUUGUUCUUUUGUAAAAAGAAUUUUUUAUUUCUUUACUGUAUAUAUAAUUUAAAUACACGUUGACUAGAGUAAACAAUCAUGCUUUUGCAGAUAUACCCAUGUA